GUGUGACCUCUGAGAUUAUAGAACAAUGUUCAUUCAUUAUUACAGAUCCUAAAGUCAGCUACAAUGGUUUGAUGAACCACGGAGCGACCUGCUACCUGAACAGUGUUCUGCAGGUUCUGUUCAUGACUGAGGACUUCAGAGAAGCUGUGAACAGAAAUUCUAACACUAAGUUCAUUGAUCAUCACCUGAAAGAUUUGUUUGAUCGCUUAAAAAAGGAAACAUCAGACACUUCGAAAAUAUUGAAGGUUCUGGACAUAAACACAGUGAAUCAACAACAAGAUGCAGCAGAAUAUUGUCAGAAGAUUUUAAAACUAACCAGUCCAGAAGCUGCAAAGAUCUUCCAUGCAGAACUGACCAACAGACGCUUCUGUUCUUCAUGUGAAACAGAGACAGACACAGACGAGUCUUUCUGGAUUCUUCCUCUUUCUCUGGUUGAUUCCUCCAAUGAAGUCUACAGUGUGGAGGACGGCAUCAAAGAGUUCUUCAAAGAAUCAUAUUUUACAGGAGAAGACCAGAUGUACUGUGAACACUGUGACACUAAAGUUGAUGCUCGUACUAAAUAUGUGGUCAAACAUCAUCCAGAGGUUUUGAUUCUGCUGCUGAAGAGGUUUGACUUCAGCUACCGUUACAUGAAGUACGUCAAAAUCAACGACAGAGUGGAUGUAGCAACAACCUUAAAGAUACCAGAGAAUCAGACAUAUGAGCUGUAUGCAGUUGUUGACCAUGUUGGAGAUCUGAGAAGUGGACACUACACUUCAAGAAUCAGAUCCCAGGUGGAUGAAAGAUGGUAUGAGUUUAACGACACAUGGGUCACACAGAUUAAUGACAUAAACAGUGAUGUUAGAAGAUCCAAUACUGCAUUUCUUCUAUUUUACAGAAAGAAAGAUACCAGUUUGAAGGUAUCAAAGGCAAAUAAAGAUGACCAUCCUGCUGUCAUUACUGGAGAUAAGGCAUACAACCAAAAUGAUGAAGAAAUUAACAGUGAGGAUGAGAAAAUCCACAUCUCUGACAAGAAACUAACUUGUAGUGAUGAGGGCAUGAGGAUGCAUUCAAACAGUUAUGUGCUGGAAGACAGAGCAUUUCCUCCUGCUGAGACACUAAAGAAAGCCAAAAGAUCAGAAACCAAACAGAAAAACCAUCUGACCAAAAAGAAAGCAGAAAUGAUCAGCAAAGACCGGCUUUUGAAGAAGCGGAAAAGAAUCCGGAACACCUGGGUAAGAAACUGUAAAACACCCAUCAAGGUAAACGGGGCACAGGAGCUGGCUACGGCUAGCAAAGUCAACAAUGAAGACUCUGAGAGGUGUUUGGGUACACCUGUGUGACCAAAACUACAUAUGGAUGAGCAAAGGACUUAAAAAGAGUAAAACAUAACUUCACAGAGAGUCACAAAGGUGACAGAGAUCUUCAGUGUCUGCAAAAGUUCACCGUGACCCUUAAAAGCUUUCAAAGGAGACAAACAUGGACCGCACAUAUAACAGCAGAGAGAACUUUACAAACUCUGUUAAUCCAGCAGAAGAAUAAAUACCAACCAAUCAUGGAGCAUUCAUUCACCAUCAUCUGUAACAAAGUUACGCGUGAAAAGGUGUCAUAAAUUGGUCCCGUCUCCCGCUCUGGCCAUUACCUGAGUACUAGCACUUCCUGGGUCUCCACACUACACUUCCCAUCAGCCCCUGCUGUCACUCCCAGAAGCCCCAUAGUCGCUUUCCAUCUGCAGUCACUCCCAGGAGUUCUGCUCGGUGCAAAGUCUCGUUUGUGCCACUCUGCCUGCAUUGCUGAGCGUUCUGCCGCCUGCCCCGACCCUCGCCUGGACCACUCAUGCUCGUGUUUGACCUCUGCCUGACCCUAAUUUAGCUUUGUGUACUUUUAGCUGUGCUUCAUUCCUCUUCUUCUGCCUGUAGCAAUGAAACCUGCUGCUCUUGGAUCCAGCCGUCUGCCUGUUUGUGACACAAGGACCCUGAUUUUAGAAGAAAUAAAAUUAUUUUUAAUGAUGAUUAAUAUAAUAAUCUUUUCUGAUUAUAACCAAUGAGCUCUUUCUAAAUUCCUAAAAUAAUGUAAUGUCUUAUGUAAUCAUUUUGUUAUUUACUAUUCAUCUUUUUGGGUUUACUAAAUGAUGUGAACUUAGACUAGAAAGUAGAAAUAAGUCUAAAUAUAAGUUAAAAAUUGUGUAAAGAUGAAAAAGUAAAGUAACAGAAUAGGGGUAAAAAUAUAAACAUUUGUUUUCUUCUUCUCUUUUUUC